GGGAAAACCCCCGCGGUCGAGAACAGCACCAGGCCUCUUUUGGAGAUGCCGAAUGGCCCAAUGAAUGGCAGAUCCACCGGAUUUGCUGCAUGGAGCACUUGGCCAGAUCUCCAUGAGAUGACAACCUGGAACUUGGAGCUGCGAUAAGAUAAGGAACAGAGAGGACAGCUCAACAACACCUCAACAGGUAUACACGUGUCCCACAGCUGGAUGGUGUUUCGUUGCUGCCCUGCUCAGUUGACCUCUUGUUUCCCCUCCACAAACCAACGAUUUGUGCCGCUUGCCACAGCGAGACCACAGCGAGCUAAGGCAGUGCGACCCGACGUCGUUCUCCAGACGGGCGAGACUGGGCGUGGGACGAGGAGGGGAAAUCACACUCUUUGGGCAAAGAAUGUGGUCAGCGUGAGGGGGGACACCCCGCUGUGUGUUGGGGGGAUUUUGUUCAAGGUCCCCAGAACCCCCGUGAACCCCAACGCUAAAGCCGGCUAAUCACUCGCAUCCAUGCGACCCUCUGCGACUUUCUGCAACAACCUCUUCGGCCCGUUCAAACAGUGUCUCGGCCAGCUCCACGCCUGGUAAGAGGUAAGAGGAUAGGGGUUUGGUCUUGGGACGACCAUUCUGCCAGCUGGCAGAUGAUGGAUGCCCUUUAACGUGUCUUUGAGAACCUAGAGGGCCAACCAAGAUCUUGGGCGAACAUCUGGCGCAGAUCGUUUGAUGUUGAACAAUUACCUUCCACGAUUAAGGUUAAUAUCGACAUGGGUGUUUGACACUCGAACCGCCCAACCCUCCUGGCAUGGACCCUUGCACCCUUGCUUGAGUACCCUUGCACCUUGGCUUCGAUGAUCGACCGACCUCCUCUCGACUUCCUGAUUUGCAACCGCCUUGACAGCUUCGCUUGUGCGAUCCGGACUUCCGGACUUAAUCGUCCCAUCCUGUCAAGUCGUCAGCUAUAAAAUUAUCUACAGGCUGACCCCGCGCUUUGCUGACUUGAUCCCUUCCCCCUAGCUGCCUCCUCGUAAACCUUCCUAUCCUUCUUACCAAACCAACUCGACGACAAGCUUUCAAGCCUACGAUGGCCAGAGACCAAGUUUUACCUUCAGAGAUUCAAGAAACCGCACUACUUCAACUGCUUGCCAAUUCCCUAGUCCUUUCCCAAACAGCUCCGUACCUGUCCUGCUACGAUGUCUUGAAUCUGGCUGCCACAUCGCGCGCAUUUCGUUUCCUGAUCUACCAUACCCCGCAAGUCUUCCGCCGCCUGGAUUUGGGCAACGUCAAGACAGCCCAGUUUGACAGUGAUGCCGUUGACCGGGGUGGCCAGACCUGGCGCAAUGUUCAGCUUGACGAAACCUUGACUGAGGACGAUUUCUAUUCGAGACCUCUGAGAGGCAUCUUCUUCAACCUCCGACGGCAUGACAUCCUUCGGGAUGUGCAGGUUUUGACCCUUGAUGGUCUUUCUGUCACUGCCGAGCUCAUCCACGACAUCCUAAUUGAUCCGGCAUUUUCGGUUCGCAUUCUAUCGAUCCGCGAUGUCAAGAAUCUGAAUGAACGAAAGCUCCAAAAGACACUACAAUAUGCGUGUCGGGAGUCCAGACCUGAGGGCACACCGCGGCUCAAGGGUCUCUAUGUGUUUGGUCCGAAGGAUCCGGUACCUGAGGCGGCUCCUCCUCAGGAGAGCUCCCGGAGUCCUUCACCUACCAGUCCGGCCGCGGUAGCAGCAGCCUGGAACACGCGAAGCCAACAAACACUGACGGCUUCUCUCAUUGAGGAACCUGAGGCGUGGUAUUCUCGCCGUGGCAGCCAGUUUCCGUGUCGGAUCAACCCCGACUGGGCCUCUACGCUUGUGGCCUGCGAUGGCAUAAUUGCAUUUGAUUCAGUUCUUUGCACCAGCCCCAGGCAUAUCAACUCGCUGGCAUGGGGCAAGGUUAACCUCGAUGUUCUGAAAGCCGCGGGCUCCCCAGCAUCUGCAUUGAUCCCUCACUUCAACGUGGCCACUCACAGUCUCGGUGGCUGUGAGGGAUGUGGCUCUGCACCCGAAGGUUUUACAGUGUGGGGAGAAGACAACUAUCCAGAAGAAAGAGAUACUGAGGGAAGAAGGUCUAGUCAUACUUCCAUGGCCGACAUUGGGAGGUUCCCGCUGCUGCCCCCGCCUCCGAUGCAUUCUUCGACCCUGAGCGCUGCAAUGUGUCCGACUGGCCAGGCGGUCCGGCACCGACUUUCUUACCUGAGAAAGGGAAACCAGAGCAAGGCACGCUUCAUCCCACGCUGUUUUGACUGCAUUAGAGACAGGUACUGCGCCGGGUGCAACAAAUGGUGGUGCGAGACGUGCUAUGUCGGGGCGUUUGCAGGAUCAUCCGGUGGCCAUGCUGGAUUGAAUUCAGGGGACCAUCCCCCGGUUCUGAAGAGUUGUUGGGAAUGCGGCAUGAACUGCAAAGACUGCAUUGAAAGCACACAGCGGAUGUGCACAAGAUGCGGUGGUGGAUACUGCCUCAUCCACAAUGAAGGAUCUGAUAUGAUUUCUGGUGUGUAG